GUUGAUAUAACUCUACCAGGAAGUGACGAUAAAUUCCAGUUUAUUUAGUUAGAUAUAUACAUUUCCGCUAGCUUGUUGCCGUAUGUUUUAGGGCAGUGAUGGGAUAUGCAUCGAGGACUGAACCGCUUGGAAAAUCUUGUACACCGGACAGCCAAAAUGCCGUCGAACAGCCAUACAUCAUGUUGGAAAAGCCUGUAUAUUCGUAUAUGCUACAGAAAUUGUGCCUACUACUGCUUGAGGGAGAAGAAAUAAUUUUUUAAAUCAGAGUGUACAGAUAUUGAAUGAGUUUUCAAG